UGGCUGGAUUCGCAGAUAGCUAAUCACAUAAAUUUCAACAGAUCACAUUGCCUUUGGUUGCUUGAAUGCCCGCAAGGUUGACCGCUCGGAUAUCCGUGAGGUUAACGCUGAGAUAGCCUGGCAGAAGAUCAUGCAAGGCAUUGCAGACAAGGAAGUGAUUGAUGUCAAGGAAGGUAUCCAGGAGUAUGUCAAGAGUCAGCCGACUACCACCUACGCUGAUCUCGAGGAGUCUUUCCGCGCACAGGGCCUUCAGUUCUACUUGAUGGCCCUCGAUAAUCCCUCGCUGAUGCAGGGUCACACACACAUGGAUCUGCAAGGCAACCUCGGCAAGAAGUACCGUGUUCAUUAUCGCUGGAGUAACAAGCCGCUCCGUCCCCGCGAGGCCCAGAACUUUCCUAAGUCGGCAGAGGAGAAUGUGCAGCGUCUUCGAGAUGCCGGUGAAAUCGUUGAUCGCGGUAUACCCAAGUGCCUCAACUGUGGUGAGCUUGGUCAUAUGUCGAAGCGAUGCCCGCAAGAGAAGGUUCAGAAGGAGCAAGCGACCAUCACCUGCUACAACUGUGACCAGACAGGCCACCGCAUCCGCGAAUUUUUGCAGCCAAGAUGGCCACAUUGUGAUAAUUAUGCAGGCACCGAGGCUCGUCGCGCACCUGAUGAUCUAGAGUGUCGCAAGUGUGGUGGAGGUGAGUUACCUGAUAUUAAUACAUGAACUACUAGGUAGGAGUGCAACUAACUGGUUCUUUUAGCUGGUCAUUUCGCCAAGGACUGUCCUCAGGGAGGUGACCGUAGUCGCGCCUGCUUCAACUGUGGCGAAGAGGGCCACAAUUCUAGAGACUGCCCGAACCCGAAGAAGAUCCAGUGCCGUAACUGUGACCAGUUCGGACAUAUGUCGAAGGAGUGUCCUAAGCCUCGUGACUGUAAGUAUUAUCAAUACGCUUAUCUAUAUGCUUUAAUCAGAAGACUAACACCCAAAAAGAUAGCCGAGUGAAGUGCAACCAGUGUGGACAGAUGGGACACACUCAGUCCCGAUGCAAGGCGGAAGUAGCGCCUGUCGACGAUGAAGUUCCCGACAAGCCUGACCACGGCAGUGCCAGUAACGACGCUUCAGGAACCUGGGAUUCGAACGGUAUCGCUGCUACAACUAGCGGCGAUAGCUGGGAGAUGGGUGCGCGGGGCGCGAACUACUCCAAUAGUGAGUGGUAAACACUCCACGAAUGUUGGACGGCAUCUUCGAUCUCAGAAACCCCUGUUCCUUCGGUACUCAUGCCCACGUCCAUAUCCUCUUUUGGUGUUUUCUGAUGCUGAGAGUACGGUGAUUUCUACCUCACAUCAUGGCUACUAAGACAAGUUAAUAGUGAUGGACGAUAGAAGUCACAGCAAAGAUAACUAGGUAGUGCCACACAAUAGACACCGAUGAUAUA